UUAUUAAGCAAUUUCUUACAAGUGCUAUUUGAAAUUUUUCAGGCUGCUAUCCAUGUCCAGGGCCAAACAUGAAUCCUAUCGCUCUUGGGAGCCGCUGGCUUGCUUAUGCAGAAAACAAGUUGAUUCGAUGUCAUCAGUCUCGUGGUGGAGCCUGUGGAGACAACAUUCAGUCUUAUACCGCCACAGUCAUUAGUGCUGCUAAAACAUUGAAAAGUGGCCUGUCAAUGGUUGGGAAAGUGGUGACUCAGCUGACAGGCACACUACCUUCAGGUGUAACAGAAGAUGAUGUUGCCAUCCAUAGUAAUUCUCGGCGGAGUCCAUUGGUCCCAGGCAUCAUCACAGUUAUUGACACUGAGACAGUUGGAGAGGGCCAGGUGCUUGUGAGUGAGGAUUCUGACAGUGAUGGUAUUGUGGCCCACUUCCCUGCCCAUGAGAAGCCAGUGUGCUGCAUGGCUUUUAAUACAAGUGGAAUGCUUCUAGUCACAACAGACACCCUUGGCCACGACUUUCAUGUCUUUCAAAUUCUGACCCAUCCUUGGUCCUCAUCACAAAGUGCUGUCCAUCAUCUAUACACUCUUCACAGGGGAGAAACUGAAGCCAAAGUACAAGACAUCUGCUUCAGUCAUGACUGUCGCUGGGUUGUGGUCAGUACUCUCCGGGGUACUUCCCAUGUUUUUCCUAUCAACCCUUAUGGAGGCCAGCCUUGUGUUCGUACACAUAUGUCCCCACGAGUAGUGAAUCGCAUGAGCCGUUUCCAGAAAAGUGCUGGACUGGAAGAGAUUGAACAAGAACUGACGUCUAAGCAAGGAGGUCGCUGUAGCCCUGUUCCAGGUCUAUCAAGCAGCCCUUCUGGCUCACCGCUACAUGGGAAACUGAACAGCCAAGACUCUUACAACAAUUUUACCAACAACAACCCUGGCAACCCUCGACUCUCUCCUCUUCCCAGCUUGAUGGUAGUGAUACCUCUUGCACAAAUUAAGCAGCCAAUGACAUUGGGGACCAUCACCAAACGAACAGGGCCUUAUCUCUUUGGAGCGGGGUGUUUUUCCAUAAAAGCUCCAUGCAAAGUUAAACCUCCUCCGCAAAUUUCACCCAGCAAAUCAAUGGGCGGAGACUUUUGCGUGGCAGCUGUCUUCGGGACAUCCAGGUCCUGGUUUGCAAAUAAUGCAGGUCUGAAAAGAGAAAAAGAUCAGUCCAAACAAGUUGUAGUUGAGUCCCUGUACAUUAUCAGUUGCUAUGGGACCUUAGUGGAGCACAUGAUGGAGCCGCGACCCCUCAGCACUGCCCCCAAGAUUAGUGAUGACACUCCACUGGAAAUGAUGACAUCACCUCGAGCCAGCUGGACUCUGAACCCCUCAAUGGAAUGAAUUGCAACCACCAUUUAAUGCAAACCACCCUCUGCUCCUUGCUGCCGAUGCAGUACAGUAUUAUCAGUUUCUGCUUG